UAUUCAAUGGAAGUCAUCCAGUCAUCGAAGUGUCUUCGAACAGUAAACAGUUCUAAAGAAUUCUUCUACAAAACCUUCUCAAAAUCCUCAAAAUGAAGUUCAUCCUUGCCGUGGCCCUCUGCAUUGCCUUCGCCGUUGUCCUGGAAGCAGGAAUCCCAAUCAGCCACACGAUGAGGCAUGAUGACUUUGAGCCCAUCAAGGAGGACUGGCACAUUCCCAGCUACGAGUACAAAUACGGAGUGGAGGAUCCCAAAACCGGAGACCACAAGGAGCAAUGGGAGCAUCGUCAUCAUGACAUUGUCAAGGGAGGAUACAUGCUCCAUGAUGCUGAUGGCACGAAACGUAUUGUGGAGUACACUUCCGAUCCCAAGACUGGUUUCCACGCCAUCGUGAAGACUGAAGGACAUGCCGAACAUCCUCUACAUUAUGGAAUUGGACACUAAAGACAUAAAUCUCUCCCAAAGAUUUUGUGAUCAACUGCAGCUAUUUAAAGACAAAGAA